AUAUUAUUACACUUAUGUUACCUAGCUCGAUGUGUAACAUCAUUACAAAACAAUUAGUCGUUGAUCAAGUUCCGAGUGAUAAACAUGGACUUCAGUGAUGUAUAUAACUCUGAUGUCAGAGUGAAGAAGGAACCAGAUGAUGUUUCCCCAAUUAAAAAUGAAGAUUAUAAGAUAAUUGACAAUGCAUGCGAUGCUAAAAACGACGAAUUCUCGAGUUUUUGUCGAGAAAAUUUAAUUUAUGGGCUUCGUGAAAAUGAUGAAAAUUCUGGACCUAAUAACGAUUUGGAAAUAGAAUUCGAAUGUAAGGACGAGAAGCUCGGAAUUAACUUAUUAGUAGUCAAGAAAAUCGAGGACGAUUAUCCAGAUCAAUGGCAGCAUAUGAAAAAUAGUUGCGAUUAUCAGACUCAAAAGAAAAUUAAAGAAGAAAUGGUCGACGAAGUAAAAGAGGAAUUGAAUUUGGAUGGUGAACUCAGUGAUGCAUUUGAUGCAAAUGAAGAAACAUUUGCUCAAAAUAGUCAACGCAAAACCCAAACUGAUAAGGCACGCAAUCGUACCAAAUAUCCAUGUAAUAUAUGCAGUAAAAAAUUUGCACGAAAAGGUUAUCUCAAGGUCCACAUCGAUUCAGUACAUAAUGACACGUCAAAAGUGUGCAUGAAGGCAAUACCCAAGCACGAGAUCAAUACAAAUGAUCUUAAAACGUACCUAUCAAUACCGCGCCAAAUGAUGAAAUAUCGAGACAAAUAA